AUGUUUAUCUCCCGAAAUCAAGAGGAUACAGAGUGCAGGUUCAAAGUCGCUUUGCUGAACACUCCUCCUUAUAUCAUGAGCGGAAGUCUCGAUCCAGGAUUUAUGUACCAAACCAUUAAAUGGUUUGUGGACAUGGCUUGCUUUAGUAGACAAGCAAGCGACCCAACAGCUUGCAAUAUGGAUACCAUCUUUGCGCGAAGUCAAGAUGAAAUGUCAAAUCUAAUGAAAACCAAGCAAGUGGAUUUCACUUUUCCCUUUCAAGCUAACCAUAAGAUAGACGAUGAUGGACUGCCUAAUGUCACACUGAUCCGAGCAUUUGUGUCAUUUGGCAGUUCUCUAAUAGCAAACUUAAAGAAGUGUGAGGAAGAAUCAGAGGAACAGCUGUUUGCAUCUAUUACGUCACAAUGGCCAAUUCUGGUUUGUAUGAUGUUACUGUCAGGAGUUUCAGGAAUACUCGUAUGGCUUUUGGAACGCAGAGUUAACAAAGACCAGUUUUCACCUUUGUUUACGGCUGGUGCGCCUCAAGGAUUUUGGUGGGCCGUACUCUCCCUCACAACAGUGGGGUACGGUGACGUAACUCCAAAGUCCUUUCUUGGCCGUAUAUUUGGCAUUAUCUGGGUUCUGGUGGGAGCAGUUAUGAUGUCAUUGUUCACAGGCUUAAUAAUCAGUGCCAUGCAAGCCUCCCUUGAUGGCACAAAAUGCAAAGAUAUUGCUGGUAAAGAGGUUGGUGUCUUAGCUCCUUUUCUUACAACCCAAAAAGUUGCUGAAGAGUUUGAUGCAAAGAUCAUCAAGUUUGACUCUCUUCAAGAAAUGCAAAAAAAUCUUAGCCAAGGAGCAAUUGGAAGAGUAUUGUUAGAUCAUAACACAGCAUUGUACUUUCUGGAUAAAUUUGGUUCGAAACAAAGCAGACAAAUUAGAAUGAUACGUAACAUCGAUUAUCCGAUGGAGUAUUAUCUGGGGCAUGUAAGCCAUGACGUCACACCACUUGCAACAAGGUCACCAAAUGAAACCAAUUACUCCGAGGAGCAACGAUUUAAAAGAAAACAAGAACUGUCCAGGUGCGGGAAGAAUUUAAAAGAAUUAUCUACAGACUUGGUCGCAGUUGCUAAGGAAACUGCAAAAGAGCAACUUAUUCCUGCUGAGUUACAGAGCGCAAACCUGUCCGAUGAAAUGGAAGGGUUUUUUUCAUCCGGCUCGAAAAUGACCUUGUGGAUGUUGAUUUAUCUUCUGGCGGUAUUUCUCGGGCUGGUGUUUCUCGGUAUCUUACUUCAAGUCUACUCCAAGUGUUACCAAGCCAGGGUGCACGCAGUAACAGAAGAUUUUCCACACUGUAAUGACGUAUCUGAGAAUCCCCGGGACAGGCACGUGGCUGACAUGAUGCAAUAUGUCAACAAUUUGGAGGAGAGACUCAAAGAUUCAAUCGCAAUGGAGAUACAACGACUGAAAGAAGAGAUGAAUAUGACCAUCCCUGGCCAAGAAACCCCGACCUCAAGGAAUUAA